AUGGGUCAAGAGAACUUGUUGCCACCACAGGUUGGCGCUCAGGUUGGCCGCCCAACUCUGGUGCUCGAUCUUGACAACACUUUGAUCGAUGGAAGCGUCUCACGGCCCGGCCUCGAUCAAUUCCUCCACGCUGUCAAGGAUUUGUAUGAAGUUGUGCUAUUCACAGCAGGAACUCGAGAGUGUGCAGAGAAGAUCGUGGAUGAGAUUGAUCGAAAGUAUGGAAGCAUCGCACACCGGUUGUAUGGCGAUUCAUGCGUGGAUUUUGUGAUCAAGCCAGCGGCUCUGCUAGGCCGGGACAUGAAGAGGGUCGUGGUUGUGGAUGACAAGCCCGAGACGUUCAAGCAGAAUGUGGAGAAUGCAUUGCCCAUCAAGCCCUUCUUCUCCAAAGGGAAUGGUGACGAUGAAGAUGAGGAGCUGCUCAAGCUCAUCCCUUUUCUCACCUCGCUUGCCAAGAUGAAUGAUUUUAGGGCUGCAAUCUUCAAAUGGAAAAAGCAGAAAACACAAAAGUCUUCUUCAUCUGAUGGUACAGCUGCGCCUAAGAACAAAGGAGGAGCAACCACGAAGAAAAAUUGUCGUUAA